GUCUGGGCGUCUUCACGAGGAAGUUCUUGAGUGAAGGAAAUUGGCUUGAGUUUUUUUUUCUUUUAAGUUUUAUUCAAAAAGAUUUAAAACACAGAAUAUAUAUCGGUGUCAAAGCUUUAGCUACAUUCUACUGUCGACGUAAAUAAAAGGAAAAGAUUCUCUAAGCAAGUGUAAGAAGUCACAUCUCGUGAUAUAAAGAUGACUAUGCAGCUUUUCAUGAGUUUAUUUGCACUCUUGAUUCAGCACCACGUACAGAAAACACGAGCCUGUGAUGGAGUGUACACCUCACCCAGUGGCUCCAUCUCGUCUCCGCUGUACCCCAGUCAGUACCCGCCUUAUCAAAACUGUACCUACAUCAUCAACACGACACAGGGCCAUCGCAUUACCUUGACAUUUGUUACAUUUGAAAUUGGUGAUGGAACCGAUGACUGCGAGUUUGACUAUUUGGAGAUCCGGGAUGGAAGCUCCGAGCUGUCACCGUCUAUGGGUAUCUUCUGUAACACGAGUGUUCCGGACAGAGUGAGGUCCACGUCUAACACAAUGUGGAUCAGAUUGCAGUCUGGCUCACAGUCAGGCACUGGCUUCAAUGCAACUUACUCAUCAGCAAUCAUUCCACAGAAGUUUCUCCUUGUCACUGACUCUCAUAACGGCAUCCACCGCAUAGACAUCGACACGGGAAGUAAUGUUACAAUCAGUCCUGAUGGUCUACAGAACCCAUAUGGUAUUGACUACGAUCCAGUAGACGGUCGUGUCUAUUGGUCAGAUGCACAGGAGAAGACCAUUCGAUCCGCUAACCUUGAUGGCAGCGAUGCUCGGCUGGUUCUCAAUAUUAGUCAAGGAGGUUCUCUAUGGGGCCUUUCUGUGGACUCUGUGUCGAGGCUACUAUUCUACACCGACGACGGCAACAAGGUCAUCGGAAUGAUAUCACUGGACACCAACAGCAGUCAUCAUAUUGUCAUUGAUUCAGACAUUAGUCAGCCUAUAGACAUCGAGCUGGACAAACACAAUGGUGUGCUGUACUGGAGUGACUGCACCAAAGGUACCAUAGAGAGGUGUAACUAUGACGGCUCGGACCGUGAGACACUAGUUUUUGCAUCCAGACAUCUUGAAGGUCCUAAUGGUCUUGCUUUGGACACAGAGGGGAGGAGACUUUACUGGGCAGAUGGAGACACACAGCUGAUAGGAUGGACGGAUGUGGACAGCAAACUUUCUAAAGUUUAUUUUAAACUGAAGGAAUCAUAUUUUAUGGGCCUGGAUAUCUACCACAACGAGUUGUUUGUCACGGACUGGGGAGCUGAACUACAUCUGGCAGAAACAACACACAUCUAUCGCAUUGGCAAGAAUAAAACAAUGAUGUCAAGUGUACAAGUUAAAGGGAGAGUAAACGAUGUUCGUGUCUAUGCCGAGGAAACAACACGUAAAGGACCAAACGGAUGUGGUAACAACAAUGGAGGCUGUAUGUUUAUCUGCAUACCAACUCCUGGGAACAGAAGCAAGUGUCUGGCACCGUUAGACAAGUCGUCUGUAUGUGGUGAAUAUGUUUCCCCUAGUGGCUUCAUUUCGUCUCCAUCAUACACUAGACAGGACAUGGACAUUCAGGAUUGUAUUUACAUCAUAAAUACCACAGCAGGCCAUCGCAUCACCUUAACAUUCCUGACACUUGAAACUGAAGAUUGCAGAUACGAUUUCCUGCAGAUCCGGGAUGGAAGCUCCGAGCUGUCACCGUCUAUGGGUAUCUUCUGUAACACGAGAGUUCCGGACAGAGUGAGGUCCACGUCUAACACCAUGUGGAUCAGAUUUAUUUCUGACUCAUCACAGUCAGGCACUGGCUUCAAUGCAACUUACUCAUCAGGUGUUUCUUCUUUUCUGUCUCCCUGUAUCCCAAACACACGUAUGGAUUCACGUCCAAUCAUUCCACACAAGUUUCUCCUUGUCACUGACUCUUAUAACGGGAUCCACCGCAUAGACAUCGACACGGGAAGUAAUGUUACAAUCCGUCCCAGUGGUAUACAGAACCCAUUUGGUAUUGACUACGAUCCAGUAGACGGUCGUGUUUAUUGGUCGGAUACAGAGGACGAGACCAUUCGAUCCGCUAACCUUGAUGGCAGCGACGCUCGGCUGGUUCGCAAUAUUAUUCAUGGAAGUUCUCUGUGGGGCCUAUCGUUGGACUCUGUGUCGAGGCUACUAUUCUACUCCGACGACGGCAACAAGGUCAUCGGAAUGAUAUCACUGGACAACAACAGUCAUCAUAUUGUCGUCGAUUCAGACAUUGGUCAGCCUAUGGACAUCGAACUGGACAAACACAAUGGUGUGCUGUACUGGAGUGACUACAGCAGGAGUAAAAUAGAGAGGUGUAACUAUGACGGCUCGGACCGUGAGACACUAGUUUUUGCAUCCAGACAUCUUGAAGGUCCUAAUGGUCUUGCUUUGGACACAGAGGGGAGGAGACUUUACUGGGCAGAUGCAGACACACAGCUGAUAGGAUGGACGGAUGUGGACAGCAAACUUUCUGAAGUUUUUUUUAAACAGGAGAACUCAUAUUUUAUGGGCCUGGAUAUCUACCAAAACGAGUUGUUUGCCACUGACUGGGGACCUGAACAAAAUCUGGCACAAACAACACACAUCUAUCGCAUUGGCAAGAAUAAAACAAUGAUGUCAAGUGUACAAGUUAAAGGGAGAGUAAACGAUGUUCAUGUCUAUGCCGAGGAAACAACACGUAAAGGACCAAGCGGAUGCGGCAACAACAAUGGAGGCUGUAGAUACAUCUGCCUACCAACACCUGGGAACAGAAGCAAGUGUCUUGUUCAGUUAGACAAGUCACAUGGAUGUGGUGAAUAUAUUUCCCCUAGUGGGUUUAUUUCAUCUCCAUCAUAUGAUAGACAAGACCUGGAAAUUGAGGAAUGCAUAUACAUAAUAAGGACAACACCAGGCCAUCGCAUCACCUUAACAUUCCUGACACUGGAAACUGAGGACUGCAGAUUCGAUUUUCUGCAGAUCAGGGAUGGAAGCUCCGAGCUGUCACCGUCUAUGGGUAUCUUCUGUAACACGAGAGUUCCGGACAGAGUGAGGUCCACGUCUAACACCAUGUGGAUCAGAUCCCGGUCUGGCUCACAGUCAGGCACUGGCUUCAAUGCAACUUACUCAUCAGCAAUCAUUCCACAGAAGUUUCUCCUUGUCACUGACUAUUUUAACUGCAUCCGUCGCAUAGACAUCGACACGGGAAGUAAUGUUACAAUCCGUCCCAGUGGUAUACAGAACCCAUAUGGUAUUGACUACGAUCCAGUAGACGGUCGUGUUUAUUGGUCAGAUGACAACACCAUUCGAUCCGCUAACCUUGAUGGCAGCGAUGAUCGGCUGGUUCACAGUAUUAGUCAAGGAGGUCGACUAUGGGGCCUUUCUUUGGACUCUGUGUCGAGGCUACUAUUCUACUCUGACGAUGGCAACAAUGUCAUCGGAAUGAUAUCACUGGACAACAACAGUCAUCAGAUUGUCGUCGAUUCAGACAUUGGUCAGCCUAUAGACAUCGAGCUGGACAAACAUAAUGGCGUGAUGUACUGGAGUGACGCUGUCAGGAGUAAAAUAGAGAGGUGUAACUAUGACGGCUCGCACCGUCAGACAUUUAUUUCCUCAUCUCAACAUCUUAAACGUCCUCAUGGUCUUGCUUUGGACACAGAAGGGAGGAGACUUUACUGGGCAGAUGCAGUCACACAGCUGAUAGGAUGGACGGAUGUGGACAGUAAACGUUCUGAAGUUUGUUUUAACCAGAAAGGCUCAUAUUUCAUGGGCCUGGAUAUCUACCACAAUGAGUUGUUUGUCACGGACUGGGGACCUGAAAAGCAUCUGUCACAAACAACACACAUCUAUCGCAUUGGCAAGAACGGAACAAUGAGGGCGAGUGUACAAGUUAAUAGCAGAGUAAACGAUGUUCGUGUCUAUGCCGAGGAAACAACACACAUCUAUCGCAUUGGCAAGAAUAAAACAAUGAUGGCGAGUGUACAAGUUAAAGGGAGAGUAGACGAUGUUAGUGUCUAUGCCGAGGAAACAACACGUAAAGGACCAAACGGAUGUGGCAACAACAAUGGAGGCUGUAUAUACAUCUGCCUACCAACUCCUGGGAACAGAAGCAAGUGUUUCACUCCGUUAGACAAGUCGCAUGUAUGUGGUGAAUAUAUUUCCCCUAGUGGCUUUAUUUCGUCUCCAUCAUAUACUAGACAAGAACUGGACAUUCAGGAUUGCAUUUACAUAAUAAAGACAACACCAGGCUAUCGCAUCACCUUAACAUUCCUGACACUUGAAACUGAAGACUGCAGAUUCGAUUUUCUGCAGAUCCGGGAUGGAAGCUCCGAGCUGUCCCCGUCUAUGGGUAUCUUCUGUAACACGAGUGUUCCGGACAGAGUGAGGUCCACGUCUAACACCAUGUGGAUCAGAUUCCAGUCUGGCUCACAGUCAGGCACUGGCUUCAAUGCAACUUACUCAUCAGCAAUCAUUCCACAGAAGUUUCUCCUUGUCACUGACUCUCAUAACGGUAUCCGUCGCAUAGACAUCGACACGGGAAGUAAUGUUACAAUCCGUCCCAUUGGUCUACACAACCCAUUUGGUAUUGACUACGAUCCAGUAGACGGUCGUGUCUAUUGGUCAAACACAGACAAGACCAUUCAAUCCGCUAACCUUGAUGGCAGCGAUGCUCGGAUUUUUCGCAGUAUUAGUCAAGGAGGUUCUCUAUGGGGCCUUUCUGUGGACUCUGUGUCGAGGCUACUAUUCUACGCCGACGACGGCAACAAUGUCAUCGGAAUGAUAUCACUGGACACCAACAGUCAUCAGAUUGUCGUCGAUUCAGACAUUGGCCAGCCUGUGGACAUCGAACUCGACAAACACAAUGGUGUCAUCUACUGGAGUGACUACACCAGGAGUAAAAUAGAGAGGUGUAACUAUGACGGCUCGGACCGUCAGACACUGAUUUCUGCAUCCAGGCAUCUUAAAGGUCCUUAUGGUAUUGCUUUGGACACAGAAGGGAGGAGACUUUACUGGGCAGCUGCAACCUCACAGCUGAUAGGAUGGACGGAUGUGGACAGCAAACAUUCUAAAAUUUAUUUUAAACUUGAGGGCUCACAUUUUAUGGGCCUGGAUAUCUACCAAGAUGAGUUGUUUGUCACGGACUGGGGACCUAAACUAAAUCUGGCAGAAACAACACACAUCUAUCGCAUUGGCAAGAAUAAAACAAUGAUGGCGAAUGUACAAGUUAAAGGGAGAGCAAACUAUGUUCGUGUCUAUGCCGAGGAAACAACACGUAAAGGACCAAACGGAUGCGGCAACAACAAUGGAGGCUGUAGAUACAUCUGCCUACCAACUCCUGGGAACAGAAGCAAGUGUCUUGUUCCGUUAGACAAGUCACAUGGAUGUGGUGAAUAUAUUUCCCCUAGUGGCUUUAUUUCGUCUCCAUCAUAUGAUAGACAUGAUUUGGAAAUUGAGGAUUGCAUUUACAUAAUAAAGACAACACCAGGCUAUCGCAUCACCUUAACAUUCCUGACACUUGAAACUGAAGACUGCAGGUUCGAUUUUCUGCAGAUCCGGGAUGGAAGCUCCGAGCUGUCACCGUCUAUGGGUAUCUUCUGUAACACGAGUGUUCCGGACAGAGUGAGGUCCACGUCUAACACCAUGUGGAUCAGAUCCCGGUCUGGCUCACAGUCAGGCAUUGGCUUCAAUGCAACUUACUCAUCAGCAAUCAUUCCACAGAAGUUUCUCCUUGUCACUGACUAUUAUAACGGAAUCCGUCGCAUAGACAUCGACACGGGAAGUAAUGUUACAAUCCGUCCUGAUGGUCUACAGAUCCCAUAUGGUAUUGACUACGAUCCAGUAGACGGUCGUUUCUAUUGGUCAAAUCCACUGGACAAGACCAUUCGAUCAGCUAACCUUGAUGGCAGCGAUGCUCGGCUGGUUCGCGAUAUUGGUCAUGGUGACCUAUGGGGCCUUUCUGUGGACUCUGUGUCGAGGCUACUAUUCUACGCCGACAAUGGCAACGAUGUCAUCGGAAUGAUAUCACUGGACAACAACAGUCAUCAUAUUGUCGUCGAUUCAGACAUUGGUCAGCCUAUCGACAUCGAGCUGGACAAACACAAUGGUGUGAUGUACUGGAGUGACUACAGCAGGAGUAAAAUAGAGAGGUGUAACUAUGACGGCUCGCACCGUCAGACACUCAUUUUCGCAUCUUCACGUCUUAAACGUCCAAAUGGUCUUGCUUUGGACACAGAAGGGAGGAGACUUUACUGGGCAGAUACAGACACACACCUGAUAGGAUGGACGGAUUUGGGCGGCAAACGUUCUGAAGUUUAUUUUAAACUGGAGGGCUCAUAUUUUAUGGGCCUGGAUAUCUACCACAAUGAGUUGUUUGUCACGGACUGGGGACCUGAAAAGCAUCUGUCACAAACAACACACAUCUAUCGCAUUGGCAAGAACGGAACAAUGAGGGCCGCUGUACAAGUUAAUGGCAGAGUAAACGAUGUUCGUGUCUAUGCCGAGGAGAGUAUACAUAAAGCGUCUACUUUACCAACACUAACAAUCGAAGAAACAACAAAAAGUGAAAGUACAGCAUCUACCCCACCAGCACCGACAAGCGAUCACAAAAUAAGAAAUGAAAGUACAGACUCUGACGGCUCUAAGACUUCAAUCAUUUUGGUCGGCGUCAUCGUUCCCUUGGUAGUAACUGCUGGCAUCACCAUUCUCAUCGUUUUCAUCAAAAAAAGGAAAUUCGACUCAUCAGAUUCUUUCCUUUGAUGCAAACUUUGUCUUGGUGAGAAACAAGUCUUCAAAAAAAGGUUUAGGAGAACCAUUUAUAAGGGCCACUUCUUCGUGGACAAGACUGAAGUGGAUGAUUUCCUUGCCACAGAGAGUUGCUGCACAAAGAAAGGAAAAGAUGUAAGAUCAAUCAAAAUUGUAAGGAGUGUGUAGUAUAUGAUACAGGCACGUUACUAUCAAGUCGAUUGUACGAGCAAAGUGAACACUUGUAUCCUGAUUAUAUUCAGAUAGAUUGUUUUAACUUUGUGUGUGUGUGUGGUUUCUUUGCACGAAUACAGGAAUUUCCAAGGUGGAAAUAAUAUAAGAUCGAAAUCACUGACCAUCAAACAGCAGUUUUUGUCUGUCCAUGCUGCCAUGAGUUUCCUCGCCUUUUCUUUCAAACUGAACCAUGGAGAAAAGUAUUUAGUUGUUUGGCUUUAAAAGAACCUAAUAAUUUAAGUGUUUUGGUAUAUUUUUAAACAGUCAAGAGGUUCCAAGAGUGCUUGCUGUUAGCCCGUUUAUCAGCUUAUCUUUUGUUUGUACACAGGCUUGGGUAUGCUGUCUUCUUAUUAAAAAAAACUCAUGGAGGGAAAUAAUGAGCAGUUGACAGUGAUGUAUGACAUUGCCUGGGUGCUUAAAGCACUUUUAAAGUUUGUUCAUUUUCUGUGUAUCAAGAUUUUAUCUGCAUUUGUUACCUGCUGUGUAGUAUAUUAAAUAGGGAAUACAUUUCAUGAUUUUUAUUGGAUAUAGUGGGCUCUUCAUCACCUUGUCUUUAUUGUUAUGCAGAAAAACAGCAUUAUUGACAUUGCAUGGCUGAAGUUCUUGCUGCCAAUAUUUCAUAGCUAUGGCCAUAAUAUGUCUUGUCAGGUGAGGAAAUGACCGUGUUCAUUUUAGGGUUUAUGUCAGUUUGACAUACAAGUACACAAGUUGAUAUUGACAAGAGAAAUAAAGUUUAUUUUUAAAUUUUAGGUAUAUUUCAUUGAAACAUUAACUCUAGUCAGAUAUCACCCCUUUACUAAAAAUUACUGCAAGAAAAUAAAAUAAAUGUCAAUUUGGAACAGC